AUGACCACCGAUAUCGAGAAAAUGUACUGUCAGUUGGUCGCGAUUAAUCAAUUCGUGAUUGGUCGUGCGUUGACGGAAAGCGAUUGUCGCGAGAUUCAGGUCCACGGGUUCUGCGAUGCUAGCAGUGUCAGUUAUGGGGCCGUUCUUUACAUACGUUCAAUCGGCAAACGCAGAAACGUUUCGGUCAGAUUGCUAUGCGCUAAAUCACGGGUCGCACCGUUGAAAAUAGUAACCAUACCGCGGCUGGAGCUCUGCGGCGCGGUCUUGUUGAUACGGUUGUUUCUGGAGGUGAAUGAUGUCUUAAACGUGCCAACGGUUCGAGCGACCUUUUGGACCGAUUCCACCAUAGUGUUACAUUGGAUAAACACCUCGCCUCAUUUACUCAAAACGUACGUGGCUAAUCGUGUUGCGGAAAUCCAGGGAGUAGCCGAUGCGGGAAGCUGGCGACACGUUAAAUCUGAGGAAAAUCCCGCAGACGCGUUGUCAAGAGGUCAAAUGCCCCAUGCGUUCUUGCAAAAUCAGCUAUGGCUAUCGGGACCCCCGUGGCUGAUGAACGAUGAAGGCGGAUGGCCUAGCCGAGUUACGCAAACCGUCGAUGUUCCGGAAUUAAGGAAGAAUGUUUGCUUAGCAACUUCAAACAGCAAUUUCGAUAUCCUUACGCGUUACGAAUCUUAUCACAAAUUGCUCAGGGUCGUGGCGCAUUGUCUUCGUUUCAUGACUAAAAACAAACAUACUGGUCCGUUACGCGCGGAGGAAAUCGAUGAAGCCGAAAUACACGUAUUGAGAAUUUUGCAAUCCAUCUGCUUCCAAGAAGAAAUUGCGAACCUUAAACACAAUGGCGUACCCGGCAAGGGUAAGCUUGCAAAUCUGAAUCCGUUCAUAGAUGACAAGGGUUUGAUACGUGUCAGCGGGCGUCUUAGGAAAUCGGAUCUAGACUUUGCGCGGAAACAUCCGAUACUACUGCCAAAUCGGCAUCGAGUCACGGACAACAUCAUCCGCGAGGCUCAUAUAAGAUAUUAUCACGCAGGCAUACAGACGACGCUUUCCGUCGUUCGGCAACGGUUUUGGUUACUUGACGGCCGAAAUCAAGUGCGGAAAAUCGUGCGGAACUGUACACGUUGUUUCCGAUACAAUGCGAUUCCCGUCGAUUAUAAAAUGGGCGAUCUUCCACAAUCCCGAGUGUGCCAGGCGACGCCAUUCGCGAGUACUGGUAUUGACUUUUGCGGCCCGUUUUACGUUAAGGAAAAGAAACACCGCAAUUGCGGGCGGGUAAAGGUAUAUGUAUGCGUGUUCGUGUGCAUGACGGUCAAGGCGUUACAUCUCGAAGUAGUGAGCAAUUUGACCACGGACGGGUUUCUCGCGGCGUUUUAUCGCUCGAAGAGGGAUGCCAGCACAUAUUUACUCCGAUAA